AUGUGGCCGUUUAAUCGUAUAUGGAACGAGGAAAACCCAGAAACCAACACGAUAGUCCGCGUGCCGAUAGCCAAGGUAGUGGUUCACAUAUACAAAAAGGACCGAAAAUAUGUGGAAUUGGACCUUCGAGGGACAAAUUUACGUCAGAGUAAAAGUUGGGUGGACAAUUGCAUGUCGAAGCUUCGUCCAAGGACUCCGCCUGGGAUGUACGUAGAAGUGAAAAAACGUCUGAUAAAAAAGUUGCACAUCACAAUUUACAAGAAAAAAAGGAUAAAUAUCCCGGUUGAAAUACACAAAGAAAACGAAAUCAUCAGUAAAAAAAACCGUUUCGACCGCAGAAAAACGACGUGCUGA